CACACACUCUUCAUCUUCUUUUUAUUCUCUGUAAUGUUGUUGUCUUCGUAGUGGAAGAAAAUCAAAACGAAGCAUAAGCGACACAUCCUACUUACCUAAGCAACAACAUUGAAAUGGCGGCUGCUUAUUUCUUCUCGCGGUUUACUACAUUCCUUUUCGUUUCUUCCUUGGCUCUUCUCUGUGGAUUUUCUCUAGCCGAGGAUCCUUCAGUCUCCUACGUGUUUGAAGUCUCCUACAUCACUGCUUCUCCUCUCGGCGUUCCUCAACAGGUUAUAGCAGUUAACGGGACAUUUCCAGGACCGGUGAUUAAUGCUACCACAAACUACAAUGUUGAUGUUAAUGUUUUCAAUCGUUUGGAUGAGCCUCUUCUACUCACCUGGAAUGGUAUUCAGACCCAAGGGGACUCAUGGCAAGACGGUGUUCUUGGCACAAACUGUCCCAUCCCUCCCAACUGGAACUUCACUUACAACUUUCAAGUGAAAGACCAAAUCGGAAGUUUUUUCUAUUUCCCCUCACUUAACUUUCAGAGAGCUUCCGGUGGUUUUGGACCGAUCAUUAUCAACAACCGGGAUCGUAUUCCUCUCCCGUUCAAUAAGCCUGAUGGAGAAAUCAGCUUUAUGAUUGGUGAUUGGUAUACUCAGAACUAUACAGCAUUAAGGGGCGUACUUGACUCUGGUAGCGAGCUUGGGAUGCCUGAUGGAGUCCUCAUCAAUGGGAAAGGUCCUUACAAGUACAACAACAGUGUACCUGAUGGAAUCCAAUAUGAAACCAUUAAUGUUGAUCCAGGGAAAACAUACAGGAUCCGUGUUCACAACGUUGGUACCUCGACAAGCUUGAACUUCAGGAUUCAGAACCACAAACUGCUCUUAGUUGAAACCGAGGGUAACUACAACUUGCAAACAAACUUCACCGAUUUCGAUAUCCAUGUGGGACAGUCUUACUCUUUCUUGGUCACUAUGGACCAAAACGCCUCAAGUGACUACUACAUUGUGGCGAGUGCUAGAUUUGUGAAUGAAACAGCCUGGCAAAGAGUCACAGGUGUUGGCAUUCUCCAUUAUUCUAAUUCCAAAGGAAAGGCUUCUGGUCCUCUGCCAGUUCCAGCAACUGAUGUUUCUAAGCCUUGGUCUGUAAUGAACCAACAAAGAGCCAUAAAGCAAAACACAUCUGCAAGUGGUGCUCGUCCUAAUCCGCAGGGAUCAUAUCAUUACGGACAGAUAAACAUCACAGGGACAUACAUUUUGAGGAGUAUGCCUCCAACCAAAAUAAACGGGUCAUUUCGUGCUACACUUAAUGGGAUUUCAUUUCUGAACCCAAACACUCCCAUGAGGCUUGCGGAUAAGCAUAAAGUGAAAGGAGUUUAUAAGUUGGAUUUCCCAAACACACCUACUAACAAUAGACCUCCACGCUUGGAGACUUCCAUCAUCAACGCAACAUACAAAGGCUUUAUUCAAGUUAUCUUCCAGAACAAUGACACCAAAGUCCAGACCUUCCAUAUUGAUGGAUACUCAUUUUACGUUGUUGCGAUGGACUUUGGUAACUGGACUGAAGACAAGAAAGGCUCUUAUAACAAUUGGGAUGCAGUAUCAAGAAGCACGGUCGAGGUUUACCCAGGGGCAUGGACUGCUGUACUUAUUUCCCUUGAUAAUGUCGGAGUUUGGAACAUCAGAGUUGAGAAUCUUGACAGAUGGUAUCUUGGCCAAGAAACAUACAUGAGAAUCAUAAACCCGGAGGAAAACGGUAGCACAGAAAUGGAUCAGCCUGGAAAUGCUCUUUACUGUGGUGCUCUCAAGAGCUUGCAGAAGGACCAACCCCAUAGCUCUGCAACACCAUUAUUAAAUGGAAAGUUGAAUCUAAUUUUCAGCUUGGUGAUGGUUCUACUCGCCUUGGUUUCAGUAUUGUGCUGAGUCUCUUCCAUUGUUCAAGUGUCUUCCAUCGUUCUAGCCUGUUAAAUCUGAUCUCUCAUUGGUGAAAUUGUAUUGUUGGGCUUCUUUUUUCUUCUUCUUUGAUUUCAUUGAUUGUUUGUUUAUGUACUCAGGUCUAUUACUUCUCAUGAUCCGAAAUAACUUUAGAUCGUGGGCUUGGUUUAUGUCUAAAGAAUUGUAGUUUGAGUCUUCUACAUUAUUUCUACAAUUAUUAAGCAAUGCAUAAAAGUA